CUUAGUGACCUUCGCUGAAACACUAAUCCAAAUUUCCCUUAUAUAACCGAACAGCCACCCUACUUUCCUUGCUUCAAUUUAGUCACAGGUGACUCUUUAAAAUCUCCUCUUCUUUCCGGUUCGUAUUAAAUGCCCUGUCGAUCUUGAUUUCUCCGCCCCACCCUUUACUGAUUCUGUCCUUUCCCUAUGGACAACAACAGGCAGCUGCCCGACCCAGGGCGAAAUCAUCCACCCCCUCCUCGUUUAAUGGCUUCCUCAAAUUCACCCCAGACCCGCCCUAUCGCCCCAUACCAGCAACCAUCUUUGCCUUCUAUUCGUCAACUCCACCCCUAUCUACCACCCUCAGGAAUGGCCCAGCAUUUGCCAACCACAGACCCAUCCUCUUACCCGUAUCCACUCCCAACAUCUUAUUCAGCGCCCUCUGGCUCCAACGAAAUUCAGCAACCUCCCUCACAACACGCCCUUUACAGCCGUUCAGAAAUGAUGGAUUCUGAGCCAGAAGGUGAGAUAGAGCAGCAAGGUCCAGCGAAAAAGAAACGCCGGCGACAAGCUUUGAGCUGUAAUGAAUGCAAAAGGCGUAAGAUUAAAUGUGACAGAGCGCAGCCCUGCGGGCCAUGUACAAGGCGCGGUGAACAGUCUAAAUGCCAAUGGCGAACUUUAGAGCCUGUUGACAAAUAUGUCAGUCGGGCUGAAUAUGACGAACUCAAGGCCAGAAGUAAGGCUGAAUACGACGAACUCAAGUCAAGACUAGAUCACCUUGAAUCCGUGGUCUCGCGCCUUUUCCCCCCACCAGGCGGCCCUGCCAACGUGUCCAUGUACUCAAUCCCUCCUGAUAUUUCAGGGGCGCCGUCAUCAGAGAACGUAACCUCUUACCACUCCACCCAUUCCUCCGCGGGUCAAGCAUUGUAUGUUCCCCCAUCAUCUUCUUUCACUCAAGACCCGGCAAAAUCACAAUCUUAUGCUGGUUCUUCCUCACCUCAUAUCGCGGGGUCCGGAAUGAGCCACGGGCCUUCCAUUUCAUCGUCCUCUAACACGCAAUCAGUAUCACAGGGUGCUGGCCCAUCUCAUCUCCGCCAUUCCUCAGAUGCCAAAUCUCCUACUAUUGUUAGGCAGUCCCCGCUUUCGCUUGCUUCCAUAACGUCCCCUUACAAUGCUGAUUCCCAGUCAAAAAACUUCCACGCGCAGACGCUCAGAAUACUGGGCGAGCGUCUGCGCCCGGCUCCAAAAAGUUGGAAAGGCCCAGUGGAACUUCUAUGCGACAUCCACAAGCGAUGGAACAUGCGGCGAUGUCCAGCUCAGCUGGUGUGACAAUGGAAGGCUCGUCAAUGUCACCAGGGACACACCAUAUAUCUUCAUCCAGACGUUAUGGUGAUCCUUCCGUAGGGCGGGAAGGGGGGGAUAACAGAGACCGAAGGCAAGGUCCUGUAGAGCGAUAGACUCUUCCGGCAUCGGUCCAUUUCAUCGGCUCAUAGGUUAAUUUUGAUCAUCAUUGGUGGCAUUCAGUUCUAUUCAUUCACCUCACACUCCACACCACGCGUCAUCCUUGUAUGAG